UGGGCUGAAGCAUGAAGAUAAUGGCCUCAGUCAAAGUUCUUCUUCUGAUUUCGGCUAUUUUUCCCUCUCAAAGUGAAAUGCACUCUCUGUACUACAUGUACAGCAUCAUAUCAAAAUCUCUGAUGUCUGGAGAAGUGUUUGAAUUCUACACCUCAGUUGAACUCAAUGACAUUCAGAUGAGUUUGUGUCACAGUGUGAAUAAAGCAGAUUUCAUGACUCAGUUGUGUGAGGAAUCUGAGAGACUUUUUAAUGAAAGUGAUGAUCUGCAUUAUAAGCAACAGUGGCUUCAGAUCAACCUUAAAACACUGAUGAGGAUGGAGCACGAGAGGAACAACAGCACACGGGACACAGAUCUUAAUGUUCUUCAGUGGAGGCACGGCUGUGCAGUUGAACGUCACUCUAAUGGUUCAGUGAUGAUUCUUCAAGGCACUGAUGAAUACGCCUAUGAUGGCCAGACCUUGACCUUUGACCUCUCAAAUCAAUGGAAGUCUUUAGUCCUUGACCAUGACAUCAUCUGGAACAGAGAAUCAGUUUCCAGCCUGGAGAGGAAAUGUGUGGAAACGUUAACCAGCUUCAUUGAGCUUCAGCGAGAGAGAAAGUUCAUCAUGAAAUGUGCACUGAUGUAUGAAAUACCGUGGAAAGUAGUUUGUUUUUUCCUUUUUUCCCCCAUCAUCAUCUUCAUCAUUGUCCUCACAUUUAAUCAAAUCAUAAAAUAUGGUGAACCUUCAAAAGAGCAGGACACACUGAAGACACCAUCACUGCAACUAUCAGCGCUUCAUAAAACACAGAUGGAACCAGAACUGCUGGAGGAAUCAAGAGCAGAAAGAUGUGCAGAUUUGACUGAUGCUUUAAAUGAUGAUUCAGAUGAUGAAAACACCACAGAUCCCAGAAUGGAGGAGGAACACACUGAGGAGGUUCAUGACACUCAAAGUCUUUGUGACGCUGAAGCAACUCCAGCAGCAGCUCAAGGUGCAAUGGGCUCCAAAAUCAUCUCUCUGCCUAACUUUGCCAUGCAGAGAGAAGACAGCGAUCAGAUCACCGUUACCCAGAAUGCCCUGCUGUUACCACCGCCAAGACGCUGCAGAUCCAAGAUCAUUUCACUGCCUAACCUCACUGAGGAGGUUCAUGACACUCAAAGUCUUUGUGACACUGAAGCGACUCCAGCAGCAGCUCGAGGUGCAAUGGGCUCCAAAAUCAUCUCUCUGCCUAACUUUGGACGCUGCAGAUCCAAGAACAUUUCACUGCCAAACCUCAGUAAUGUUUCAGUUCAUUUUAACUAA